AUGCAGCAGUCACCGGUGCAAGUGGUGUCGAGGCGCACCGUGAAGCCGCCGCCUCGGCCACGCGAGCGCAUCCCGCUCACCACCUGGGACCUCUCGUUGCUCUCCGCCGACUACAUCCAGAAGGGCCUGCUCUUCGCACCGCCGCCCUGCUUCUCCACCUUCACCCACCUCGUCGACCACCUCCAGGCCGCCCUCGCCGAUGCGAUCGCCACCUACUACCCCGUCGCCGGCCGCCUCGCCAUCGACCAGCACCAUGACGACGAGGGCCACGUCGUCGGCUGCUCCGUCUCCGUCGACUGCGCCGGCCAGGGUGUCGAGGUCCUCGAGGCUAUCGCGGACGGCGUCGCGGUCGCCGACGUCGUCCCUCCCGACGCCGAUGUCCCGAGCGUCGUCCGAUCCUUCUUCCCGCUCAACGAGGCCGUCAACUACGACGGCCACGAGCGCCCGCUCUUCGUCGUCCAGGUCACCGAGCUCGCCGACGGCGUCUUCGUCGGGUUCGUGUACAACCACGCGCUCUCCGACGGCACGGCCUUCUGGAACUUCAUCAACGCGUGGGCGGAGAUCGCGCGGGUCAGGCUGUUGCCGUCCCCGGGCGGCCCCCGCGUGUUCGCGUCCCGCACGCCGCCCCUUUUCGAGCGCUGGUCGCCCGACGGUAGUGGCGCGGCGGCGGCGCCGGUCGUGCUCCCUUACGCCGACCUGGAGGGGCUCAUCGCGAGGCCGACGAUGCCGCCGCCGCCGCAGAGGGACCGGAUGCUGCACUUCUCGGCGGAGUCUCUGGCGGCGCUCAAGGAGCGUGCACGGCAGGAGCUCCUGGCAGCCGGGGACACGGCCGGGGCGGCCGCCGUGACAAGUUUCCAGGCGCUGAGCUCGCUGCUAUGGAGGUGCUUCGUCCGCGCGCGGCGCACGGCGCCGGAGCAGGAGGUGGUGUUCCGCGCGUCCGCCAACAACCGCGGGCGGCUCCGGCCGCCGCUGCCGGCGGAGUACUUAGGGAACGCCAUCAACGCCGUCUCGACGGAGGCGGUGCGCGCGUCGGAGCUGCUGGCGCGCGGGCACGGGUGGGCGGCGGCCGCUGUGGGACGCGCGGUGGCGGCGCACACGGACGCGGGCAUCCGAGCGCUAGCGGCAGCCUGGGCGGCGAAGCCGGGGCUGUCGGCGUUCAGGCUGUUCGACCCGAACGCAAUGUUUAUCAGCAGCUCGCCCCGGUUCGACAUGUACGGCUGCGACUUCGGGUGGGGGGAGGCGCUGGCGGUGCGGGGUGGCAAGGCCAACAAGUACGACGGGAAGGUGUCGUUGUUCCCGGGGCGGGAGGGCGGAGGCAGCAUCGACGCGGAGGUGGUGCUGACGCCGGAGCACAUGGUAGCGCUGGAGCAGGACGACGAGUUCUGGGCUGCCGUGUCGCCGGACGUGCAGCCGGCGAGGAAAUAUUGA